UAAUCGAUAAAUGGUCUGUUCUUUUUAGCUGCACUGCUGAAUAACCGCAAUAAGUUAGAGUGAGACAACUAUAUUUUUUCUCAUUCUAACUUAUUGCACAGUUCAGCACAGUGUAGCUAAAAAGAACAGACCUAUAUUCUUUAUUCAAUGAGAGCUUCCUCCUGAUCUAACCUUUCAACCUCCCUUUUGAGCGGUUUGCUAGCAAGAGAAUCACAGCCGUAAAAGAAUGGAGAACGACACAGGCACCUUAGUCGACUUGUAUAUUCCACGUAAAUGUUCUGCAAGCAACAGAAUUAUACAUGCCAAGGAUCAUGCAUCCAUACAGUUGACUCUAGCAGAUGUUGACCCAGAAACUGGUCGCAUGACCGACUCCCACAAAAUGUAUGCAAUUUGUGGAGCCAUCCGUCGCAUGGGUGAAUCUGACGAUUGUUUAGUACGGCUGACGAAGAAGGAUGGCAUUUUACCUAAAAACUUUUAAUAUAUGUAACCAGUUCAUAUUUUCAAUAAAUUAAAAAUAUA